AUGACUUUCACCAGGGUGCUACACGUCGCGGCUCUGUUCCUGAUGCAAGGGGAUUUUCCAGGAGCUGGCAGUGAAACCAUAACUCUAAAGGAAGGAGAGGACCUAAAUCUCCGCUGCACCCUCAGCAGCGACAACAGUUCAGCCCGGCAGUGGUUUAACCCUCACGGGUUUGCCAUUUUUCUAAACACCCACCGGGCUUUAAGAGAUCAGAGGUACAAACUUAUCCGUUAUUCAAAGGAUGAAUUAUCCAUCCAACUGUCUAACGUAACAGUGCACGAUGAAGGCGUAUAUAAAUGCUUCUACUACAGCACCCCGUUCAAAAGCAAGGACGAGGCUGUCAAGGUAUUAGCUACUCCUUCUAAUCCAGUACUGGAAGUAUCCCAAGACACAGAAAGGAACAUCACACUGUCUUGCUAUACCCAAGGAUCUAAACCACAGCCCCAGAUUACCUGGCUGUUGGACAAUGGGAUAGAGCUCCCUGGUGACACUAAGCACAAGUUAGAAGCUGAUGGGAAGAAAUGGACCACAACCAGCACGCUGACAGUCCUCGCCUAUGGGCCCAAUUCAACAGCCAGCUGCAUCGUUCACCACCAAGCACUAAGGGAAGAGAAGCUGAUGGCAUCUUUCCGGUUUGAGGACCUCCCUAGGACAGUGACCGCAGCAGUGUCAGACCUGAACAGCAGCACGGCCUCCGCUCCAAGCUACCCACAGCAUACCAGAUCCAAAAAAACAACCAUCCCUUCUGCACUACCAGAGGAUCCAGCAGUUACCAGCUCAGCGCCAACACCAACCCAGCAAAACCUCCAACCAGACACCGCAUCUACUUGGUCCAAAGUAACGUCAGCUGCAGCAGGAAAGGAAGAAUUGGCUGGUUCACCAAGUUAUCGUGUCCCCAACGGGACUGAAACAGCAUUCAAUGGCAAUGUCACAGAAGAGGAACUUUCCAGGACAGAAGCCUCACUACCAAGUGAAAACGUAACUGUGAUUUCCAUCAUCACCUUCGAGCAAGAUCUGAAAUCUGAAGGCAUCAAAAAGAAGCAGAAUAAUCUCUUGCUGCCAAUCCUGGUGGCUGCUCUGAUUUUCGUGCUGCUCAUCAUUGUCCUGCUUUUUAUGAGGAAGCUGAAAAAAGCUCAUGGAGCGUGGAAGAGAGAAAAUGAUGUUUCAGAGCAGACACUGGAGAGUUAUAAAUCCAAAUCUAAUGAAGACAGUCCGGGCCAUAUGAAGAAUGGAAACGUUGUCAGUCAGAAGUCCAACACGCAAUACGUAACAGAAGGAUAUACGGAAACAACGCAGAAGACUCCAGCAGACAAAAACAUUGCAAUAAGUGAGAAACUGUUUGGAUGUGGAAAGGAAACAGAUGUAUAG